UGUUUCUGAAAUUUGUGAAAUUGCCAUGGCUCUUUCUGCGCACCUCUGUUGUCGUCUCCCCACAACUCGCACCGACCUCGCCUUGCCGGAGACCUUUGCCAGGCUCCGAUGCCGGAAGCCUCACUCUCUCUCCGUCCGAUGCAGCUCCGGCGAGUCUUCCGUCGCCGUUGACAACUCCGAGGACUUCGAUGCCAAGGUCUUCAGGCAUAAUUUGACUCGUAGCAAGAAUUAUAAUCGCAGAGGGUUUGGUCACAAGGAAGAGACCCUCAAGCUCAUGAAUCGUGAAUACACAAGUGACAUAAUUAAGACUUUGAAGGAAAAUGGUUAUGAGUAUACAUGGGGCACUGUCACAGUGAGGCUGGCUGAAGCCUAUGGCUUCUGCUGGGGAGUUGAGAGGGCUGUUCAAAUCGCGUACGAGGCGAGAAAGCAGUUUCCUACUGAGAAUAUAUGGCUUACCAAUGAGAUCAUCCACAACCCAACUGUUAAUAAGAGAUUACAAGAGAUGAAGGUGCAGGAUAUUCCUAUUUUGGAAGGAGAAAAACAAUUUGAGGUUGUUAACAAGGGUGAUGUAGUCAUAUUGCCUGCUUUCGGAGCAGCAGUGGAUGAGAUGUUGACUUUGAGUGAGAAAAAUGUUCAAAUUGUUGAUACAACUUGCCCAUGGGUUUCAAAGGUGUGGACUUCUGUUGAAAAGCACAAGAAAAAGGAUUAUACCUCAAUAAUCCAUGGUAAAUAUGCGCAUGAGGAAACUGUAGCAACUGCAUCUUUCGCUGGAAAGUACAUUAUUGUGAAGAAUAUGAAAGAGGCAGAGUAUGUUUGUGACUAUAUUCUUGGUGGUAAGUUAAAUGGAUCGAGCUCAACCAGAGAAGCAUUUUUAGAGAAAUUUAAAUAUGCCAUUUCCGAGGGCUUUGAUCCAGACAAGGACCUUGAACAAGUUGGCAUUGCAAAUCAGACUACAAUGCUCAAGGGAGAGACCGAAGAGAUAGGGAAACUAGUAGAGAGAACUAUGAUGCAAAAAUUUGGUGUAGAAAACAUCAAUGAGCACUUCAUGAGCUUCAACACGAUUUGUGAUGCCACUCAGGAACGACAAGAUGCUAUGUAUAAGCUGGUGGAACAAGAUAUGGAUCUUAUGCUAGUCGUUGGUGGGUGGAACUCAAGCAACACAUCACACUUGCAAGAGAUUGCUGAGGAACGCGGAAUUCCUUCUUACUGGAUCGACAGCGAGCAAAGAAUUGGUCCAGGAAACAAGAUAGCACACAAGUUGAUGCAUGGUGAACUGGUGGAGAAAGAAAACUUUCUGCCAAAGGGUCCAAUAACGAUUGGCGUUACAUCUGGUGCAUCCACACCAGACAAGGUUGUGGAAGAUGUGCUUGUCAAGGUGUUUGACUUGAAACGGGAAGAAGCAAUGCAACUCGCUUAGAGUAGGCCUGGAUGCAUAUACUACUAUUUGAUGUACAAGUGAAACCAGGGACAUGAAUUACAGAAUCUAUCAAAGUCCCAUGUAUUGUAAAAUUUAUUUAUAUAUGAAGAAUAACUCGAGUUCUUGUGAGUGUUGCCUGUUGUGAUAUCAGUGCUAGUUAUUGCUGACAAUUAGUGUUACAUUUGUAAAAUUUUGGCAACAAGAUGAAAAUGUAUUGAAAACCGGAAUAUCUUGAUUCAGAUAAGAAAUAAAAGUUACUGAUUCAUAUUUUCAUGAA